AUGCGAUUACUUCUUUUUAUCUGCAUACAUCUCUGCCUGCAAGCUGUGCUAACUCAAGAUGAACCAGAAGGAAUCGACGAUGAAGGAGGAGAUGCAGAAGCAUUCUACAAUAAAACGUACAGUGAAUACCAGACUGCGCUAGAAAAGGCUAUCUUUAGCAACUACGUGAAUACGAGGAGACCGGUGAGGAAUGUGUCUCAGCCUGUCGAAGUUAGCAUUCAUUUCCACAUCGUCCACGUUUCGAUCAACCAAGAGGAGCAGACAAUGACUGUGCAUGGUCAUCUGUAUAUGACGUGGUACGACGAGUACCUUGGUUGGGACGUGAAUGACUUCAAUGGCAUCCGAAUCACCAGAUGUUCAAAGUGGAGAGUAUGGCAGCCUAAAAUCAAAGUAGCUAACAGUGUCGCCGGCAUAUAUUCUGCAUUCGAAAUUUCGUCUCAUGCACACGUACUUGUGCAGACAAUGGGAAAAGAGCAAGCAAAAGUGGAAAUGUAUCCAACAUUUUCCAUCAAAGUUGGCUGCAAUUUCGAUUAUGCCGAUUAUCCGAGAGAUAUAAAUUCAUGUUCACUUUCCGUUUUUGCAAAGCAGAGAAUGAGCGAGGUUCGCUUGAAGAACUACUACAAUUAUCCUCCGACUCUCUCUAUCGGGUGGGGCAGCCAAUCCGAUAAGCGUAUAAUAUCAGAUUUCGAGAUAUUGAACGUUUCGCACUCUAUCACCUAUUACAAGCAUGGAAAUACCACUACUCUCGAGCCAAUAACAGCAAACGAGUUGGCGGUCUCCUGGUCUAUUUUACAUACAACAAUCUUCAUUAAAAGGCACAGUGUAAUGUUUGGAGUCAGCAUGCUGUUGCCUUGCUUGGUUUCUGCAGCCUUCAAUAUUCUACCCUUCUUCCUUCCCUCACUCAACUAUGCAGUCUAUACAUUACUUUCGAAUGUAAUCAUUCAGGCGAUAUUCUUGCAAGAAAUAGUCAACGGUAUGCCUCUCUCUGCAAGCCGCGUUCCUAGCUCAGUACUCUUCUACAGCGUGACAAUGUUCUGCAACAUGAUAUCAUUAGUGAUACACAUAUUUUUUGUGAUGAUCGAGCAACAAGCAACGCCGUUCAAGCUUCGACCGAUGAUUAUCAAUCUUGGCAAAGCUAUAGCAGAACGUACACCAUACAAAACAGCGUCACCGAUUGUUGCGCUUCGAGGAACAAUAGGAAUGUCGACUAUUAGCGCCACCUCUGGCGCCUUAGUAUUUUCCGGGGCUACUCUGAUCGUUUCUCUAUUCGCAGCAGCUGCUAUAUUCUCUCAAAUUAAUUCUAUAUGGAGUGAGCUGGAUGCGGAAAUGAGCACUUUCAAGGUGCUCACAGAUGAUCUCUGGCAAGAUAUGAUCGGUCUUGGAGCUGGUACACCAGCAAAUCGACUUCGACGUCAAGCCUACGGCGGCUAUGGAGCAAGUGGAUCUCAACCCCCAGCUACCACCUCCUCUGGAUCUACCCCAGCCCUAAAUCCAACUCCUUCCUUCACUGGAUAUAAUAUGCCUAACUAUAUGAUCAAUCGUUGUGUAUGCGCAAUUGAAAAUAACUGCCCACCCGGCCCAGCUGGAAGUGAGGGUGAUGCCGGACCAGAUGGGCUUGACGGCCUUGACGGUGUUCCCGGAUUUGAUGGACAAGAUGCGACAGAUAUCUCGAAUGAAGCACCUCAAGGCUGUUUCACAUGCCCUCAGGGGCUACCAGGCCCGCAAGGGCCAACAGGAGCUCCAGGUAUCCGAGGCAUGCGAGGUGCAAGGGGACAACCCGGAAGACCAGGACGAGAUGGAAAUCCUGGAAUGCCAGGAGAGAUGGGACCACCAGGACCUCCAGGAUCGGAUGGACAACCAGGUAAACCAGGAGAGAAGGGUGACGAUGCAGAGAAGCCUGUCGGAAGAGCGGGACCAAGAGGACCUCCGGGAGAACAAGGGCCAGAGGGACCCGAAGGAUCCCCGGGACGAGAUGCUUAUCCGGGUCCUCAAGGUCCAGUCGGUGAGCCAGGAGUUCCAGGAUAUCAGGGUGCCGCAGGACCCGACGGAGAAGAAGGACCAAUGGGACCACCAGGAAACCCUGGUAAAGAUGCAGAGUAUUGCAAAUGUCCUCCUCGAGACGCAAAUGCUACCAAUAACCCUUCUAGCAGUUACAGAAGGAAGAAGCACCGCAAGCACUAA